GUCCCAGUCUGCACUGAAGGGACAACCUUGUCCAAUGCCUUCGUGCACUUAAGAAAUUGUCCCCAUCUGAAACUUCUGUGCAAGACUAUGGUCCUCCUUUCAUGCUGGGGGGAACAUCUGUCCCCCACUUACACUGGUAGCACAUCCUUCUCAUGCACCACAGGGACAUCCCCAUUGCAUGCCAGAGAGCCAUUUCACCUCUGUGUUGGAAAGACGUCCCCACCUCACUUGAGGACAAUGUCCUCAUCCGACCCGUCCCCACGCCAAAUGGAUGGCCCUACCCAUCCCCUCUGUUGUCUGCGAGCUUUCUGCCCACAGUAUGACAUGGAUGCCUUCCUAUCCAAUGCACCACCUUCCAUGCGCCACCCGCCACCAGAGGAGAAGGGAAAGACCUUCCUUCAGCACUUCCUGGACACUCUCCCUGAAGUCAACACCACUGCCAACAUCCUGGUGGUUCUCAUCCCCCUCAGCUCCCACCUGGAAGACAUUAGGCUCCUGGGGCAUUGUCCAGAGGAGCGUUUCACACAGGCAGAUCCCCGGUGGCUCAUCAGGGCCUCCCAGAGAGAAUUGGAAGACAUCCCCAAAUGCAUUGAAGAGAGAAACUUCAAGGCUGAGGUGAGAUACAAUUACAUAAAUCCCCAGGAAAUCAAGAACAGUACCCUUAUCCGAGCUCCCAGCCACACCUGGCAGCCCUAAUGCCUGAACACCAGCAUGCCCAACUUCCAAAACCAAAAUACCCUCAGCACCUAGCACGUAUAAACACUCAGAACUAAGAACCUUUAGCACCCAGCUACCAGCACACGUUGUACUCAGUGCACACAAUACACAGAACUUGGCACCUCCAGCACUCUUUGCACUGAGCAACUGCACCUCACACCAGUGCACCUCACAAUCCAGUAUCCAAAACCCAAACAUCCCCAGGGCUCAGCAUUCUCUGCACCAAGAGCUCAGCACCCACCUCAUGUUCACCCUCAGAAGCCCCAGCAUGUGAGCAGCCAGCAUGCCCAGCACACAAAAUUAGGCACCCCCAGCACCCUCUUCUUCAAU